AUGAACUUCGACCAUUUUAUAGGCCUGUGCGGUCGAUCUAUCUUUGCAGAAGAAUAUAGGGGAGAUCUUCAUGCAGCAGGGGAUUAUCUACAAAUACAUCCAGAUGCAGGAAUCGAAUCCAAGGCCGAACAUCUACGAUGUCGAUCCAUAUACUCCAUUUUGACAGGCAAGCUAUCGGAUGCCUAUGAGAACCUGACUGCCCUUCAUAAUCUUCUGAGCCAGUUGCCUCCAGAAUGGGGUCUGCGAUGUUCAAACUACAAGGCUCUGGCAGACUAUACGCGCCGCUAUCCUCCAAUGAUACGCUUCUACCAUGAGCGAGGCAAACCCCUCAAUCUGGUGACAAUUAGCGAUAUCAUAGGCUUUUGGGAGAUUUCGCAAAAGCUCACGGCAGGUUGCCUGAAGUAUACACCUGCGACAUCCCGCGACCGAGAACUGUGCCUGGUGCUAUCUGCCGUGGUGUGGCAUCCAUUUCACGUCCGUAAUCUGACCAACACUUUACAUCCCCUCUCUCCAAGUGCCCUGCAGUAUCCAUCCGAUGCAGACUUGGAACCCGUCAUCUCCAAAAAGGCCAGCCUCUUCUUGAAAUAUCGCCAAACAGCUGAAGAAAAUGAUUCACCUGAGAUCGCGACGUAUCUCACUCGCUUGAUCGUUGAGUUUCAUAUUGCCUGCCGGAGUUCCCAGUCUGCAUCCGCACUUGAAGGUCUGUAUGAUAUAUAUGAGGAAAUUGAUGACUAUGCCGGAAUGGCAAACUCCAAGAUGAUGAGAGCAGAUAGCCUCCUCUGUCCACCCUUCACCAGCCCUGUCUCAAUGAAUCUUAUCCUCACCGAUAACAAUUCUGCCAUUGCGGAGGACCCCAUAUGGGAUCCUAUAGAGCACGAUCUCACGUUUGAAUACUCGUCUCAGGCGAGUAAUUGCUACGAGAAUGCCCUCGAUCUCUUUAACAGAGCUGCUUGCAAUCGCGGUCAGGCAGCAGUCUUGCUUCGACAGGCUUGUUGUCUGCACCUAGUAGCACGCAACCGUCGAAGAGAGAAUGAAGACUAUCUUGAUCUUAUUGACGAGGCUUCAAUCAAGUUACAAGAGUCUCUUGAGUUAUUCGGGGAUGACGAAGCAAAUUUACAGCUUGUGAAGGCACAUCAGAUUCUGCUGAGAAUAUUUGAAGGGAAUCUCCAACGCGGCAAGAUACUGGCGAGACAAAUUGGCGAAUGGGGCGCUCAGAACAAGAACGAGACUUUGAUUCAUUUCAUUGGACUUCUUUUCUCUCGCUUUGCGCAGCAGGAGUGGUCGAAGUACUCCAAUUUGGAUACUGCUUUGCAGGCUUGGGAGUGUGCAUAUGAGGUCCUUGAGCCAAUGGGGGAUCUCAUUCCUAUGUUUCAAUCCGUUGUUGCUCGUGCCGCUGCUCAUCAUGACAUCUUCAACUCGACAGAAGCUCUUCUUCUGAUUGAACAAGGAUAUGCCAUGGUUGAUCCUCUCAUAAAUCACUUGAAUAGGAUGAUUAACAGUCAGCCUGAUAACGAAGUGAUGAAAGUAGAUCGGUCAACACUUAUAAUAAUGAGAUGCACGAUAUUAUGGUCAUUCGGUCAAAUCAUGACCAGAACCUAUUUACGUAUGGAGGAUCUACAAGCCUUCCUUCAAUGGCAGGAAAAACUCAAUCAAUGGUACGAGGACGAUGACCACUUUCGCGAAUGGAUACAAAAAUUGGAGAAUGCUCGUCUUAAUAGAUUGUUCAACUCCGAAGUCGGAUUUUCUGCAACGUCACAUAGAGAUAUCUGGCGCCGAUCCAUAGCCGAAGAUACAGCACGUGUUGAAUACAGCUCUUGCGAAAUUAAGUUCCGUCGGCUAUUGGACGAAGGAAACGUUAUCGAGGCGGAAGAAACUCUUCGGAGAUUUGUGGCCGAAGCAGAGCUGUUGGAGAAGUGUUAUACACGAAACCUCAACCGCAUCUUAGCCUAUGAGCGAAUUGGAGAUUUAGUCAAGGCCAGAGAGUCCCUAGAUGCGAUUGAUGACAAUGAGCUGUUCAAUGGAGAUCUGGAAUAUUAUCGAAAGAACACUGCCGUCCGAUUGGCUUUCCCAACGGUGGCACAAAAUGCAUUGUCAUUCAGCAUCUACGGGAGGGAUAUGCAGAGGGCUCGCCGAUUGAUAACAAUCAUCACUGAUAUAUCGCCAACAUUCUUCGAUGACGCGAUUGACAAUGUGUUCGAUCAUUCUAAUCGUCUCGGUCAGUUUGGGACUAUCAUGAUGGAUGUGGACCCUGAGCUUGCCUUGUCCAAGCUGCUUCUUGCCCGUAAAAUGAUUGAGACUAGACGAAGCCAGACUACCGAUAUGGAUGCCCGUAUUGGGCACUCCAGGGUAAGUUGGAGUAAUGAGGUCUACCAGGACCUUGCACGGAUAUGCCUCACCUAUGCGGAUUCUGACGCUCCUCUGGGUUUGAUUCAAAAGUACGAGCAUGGCCACUUUGAGGAAGCAUCCUGGGCUGAACAUGCCCUGCUCUUUGUCGAGAUGAACAGGGCACGUACAGUGCUAGAUUCUUUAUCCUUGCAGCCAGAUGCCGCUCAAGCAGCCGACAUACCGGGUAUACCGAAGAUUGCGUCUCUGUCAGAGGCAGUUCAAAAGCGACGCCUCCUGCGAUCUCUCAUGGCCCUCAGAUCAAUGACUCCAGAACAAAAAUUAGAAGCCUCGCAGCUGCAAGCGGAUAUUGAAGCGCUAGAGGAGGAUGGCACUUUGUCUUCCGCAGCCACAUUCAUCGAUUCAGUCAAUUCUGCAAUCGACCCAAAGAAAUUAUACCAGAGCAUCGACUCAAACACUGUGGUUAUUGAGACAACGUUUGGAUCUCGCGGUAUGAUUGCUUUCGCUGUGACUAGAAAUGGCAUUCAGCGGGCGUAUCAAGAGUCCACACGUCUUGUUGAUAUGCGAAGAAAUGUGAUGCUGGCUAUGCAGGUCAUGAGAGAGAUGAGUGGCACUCUCGGAGAGGAAGAAGAGAAUCGCAAGAAAGCCCUGUACACACUGACUCAAACUAUUUCCGAUGUACUGCUGGUCCCAUUUGCUGAGAUCAUCAGAGCCAAGUCUCACAUCAUUUUCUCCUUAUCCGACCCUCUGACAGCAUUCCCCUUCUCGAUUCUCCCAUUCGAUGAUAAGCCUCUAAUCAUGCACGCGGCUAUUUCCCAAGUACCCAGCUUAACAAUUCUCUAUCACCUUUCACGGCGGGAGAUGAAAUCAGAGGCGCCGACAGUCUCUGUGCUCGCCAAGUCACCCAUUGUGGCAUCAGAAGAUGUUGCUAGAGCCCAAAGUGAGGUCAAUUUACACAUGGCGGGAAUUGAAGCAGUCAAUAUUGCACGCUUGUUUGCGACUUGGCCUAUCGAAGCGUCCACUCUCUCUCGAAAGGACUUUCAAGAUUAUGUGGAAGGAGAAUCACUGAUAAUGCACAUUGGCACACACGGCAAUUUCAACCAUCGCAGUCCUCUGCUAUCAUCGAUCUCAAUUGGAGAUGGUCAAGAAUUUCGCGUGGCCGAUAUGUCAGCAAUAAAAAGUAAGGUCAACCUUCUCGUCUUCGCCGCCUGUCUCAGUGGGCUUGGAAAGGCAACGAUUGGCAAUGAAGUCCUUGGCUUUUCUCACGUCGUCCUGAGUACAGGCUGUCAAGCCUAUAUCGGAGCACUCUGGGAAGUCAGCGACUUUGGAUCCAUGUUCAUCAUGACCCUUUUCUACCGGUAUUUGAAAAACAACGCGCACUUGACUGUCUCUGAUAUCAUGAGGAAAGCCCAGAUAAAUCUUUUGUUGUUGGAUAGCAACAAGGCGGAGGAAUUCCUCAAUGAUAUUUUAGAAGACUGGACUGUGCAGAGGGGUCAUGAUCCUUCCGAGUUUGUUCCUGAUGCUAAAUAUCUCCUUCAUAUCAAGAGAAUGAUUCUAACCCAACUUGACUGGUCUAGCCCUUUCUAUUGGGCACCAUUUACGCUGGUGGGUUAUGGUGGGUUCCGAUUCGUGCAUGAUAGGUAG